AUGGCCAAAAUAUCAACCUUCCUCAUCUGUCUCUCGCUUUUGUGUCUACUAGUGGGAUCUUCGCUGGGCAACCCGGCGCCAAUACCCUUUGAUGACUUGGAAUUGCCCGAACUCGACAAGCGUCAAGACAAUAACUCGACUUCCAUUUCCUCCUCCUCCUCCUCCUCCUCCUCCUCAUCAAGUAGAUCAACUACUACAUCUAUAAUUACCCCAACAUCAACUACCACUAGCCGGACCACACCGACGACUUCUACGACCACCACAACCCCUACAACCACCACAACCCCUACCCCUCCAGACACAACGACUACAACACCAACCUCGACAUCAACAACGGCGAGGCCUCCUGUGGAUACUACUUCAACAGAUCCUGUGGAGACUACUGCUCAGUCUGAGGAUGUAGUCACUGCUAGCCCGACUACUCGUAUAGUUGUAGCGACGAUUUAUACCACCCUCAGUGGAAAUGGUGUGGUCAGUUCAUACGUCACAUCCAGUACCACCGUUGAGACCCCAACUGGGACCGCGGCCAGCCAGGCAUCCGGGGGCAGUAACGAUGGUGGCUCGGGUCUCUCGACUUCAACGAGAAACACUAUAAUUGGAGUUGUUGUCGGUGUUGGUGGUGCGCUUCUGUUUGGUGGACUUGCAAUUGUUGCGUGGCGUCUGAAGAGGAAGAGGGUCAAUCCAAUUGAUGAAGAUGAUUUGAUGCGUCGUGAUGGGUCACCACUUGCUGCAGGCAGGGAAAUGCACGCUGCAAGCCCUGAGGCGUCUCCAUUUAAAGCUACUCUCGAUCAGUACCACAAGCCUCCUGGUGUUAACACCUCGUCCAACUUUUAG